GGCUGAGUCUCAGGUAUGCUCAGGGCUGGACGAGGACCCACGGGCCAGUUUCACCAGCGUCUCUACAAGGUAGGCUGUGCAUGGCAUAUGCAAUGAGCCGGCGGGAGAUGAAGCUGUUGGUGCGGGGAGCCUCACAGGUGGUGCAGGUGGCAGCGGCGGGCGAGAAGGUCAAGCUGAAGUCCGCCAUGAGCCAGCUGGCCGUCGUCAGAGCCACUAAAGACCAAGGCGUCUCUAUAGCAGUGGACAAGGACGGGCGUGUGGCAGCGGUGGGUCUAGACCGGGACGUGGAGGCCCAGUUCCCCGGGGCGUCGUGGGGGACGGUGGUGGAGGCGAAGGGGUGCUCCGUGGUCCCUGGCCUCGUCGACGCCCACACACACCCGGUCUGGGCGGGGGACCGCGUCCACGAGUUCGCCAUGAAGUUGGCCGGCGCCAGCUACAUGGAGGUUCACUCAGCAGGCGGCGGCAUCAACUUCACGGUGGAGCACACCCGAGCCGCCUCCGAGGACCAGCUCCUGCAGCUCCUCCUGCCUCGCCUCCACCGCAUGACCCGCGCAGGUACGACUCUGGUGGAGUGCAAAAGCGGCUACGGCCUCGAUGUGGAAACUGAAGUGAAGAUGCUUCGAGUGCUGGAGAAGGCUCGCCCGCUGGCCAACCUCACCAUCUCCUCCUCGUUCUGCGGAGCUCACUCCGUGCCCAAGGAGCUGACGGCAGAGGAAGCAACACGCCGGGUGGUAGAGGACCAGUUGCCGGCUGUCAAGGCAGCCAUGGACGCUGGCGAGUUGCAGGUUGAUAGCAUCGACGUUUUCUGUGAGCAGGGAGUGUUCAACGUGGACCAGUCAAGACGCAUUUUAGAAGCUGGGCAGAAGGAGGGACUUAUGAUAAACUUCCAUGCAGACGAACUCCAUCCUUUGAAGGGCGCAGAGAUGGGAGCAUCUCUGGGCGCGGAAGCCAUAAGCCACCUGGAGGAAAUAUCUAAAGAAGGUAUAGCAGCCAUGGCCACGGCUGGCACCGUGGGCGUCCUGCUCCCCACCACCGCCCACAUACUCAGACUCAAGCCUCCACCCGCGCGUGCUAUGAUAGACGGUGGCGUCCCGGUCGCCCUCGGCACAGACUUCAACCCAAACGCUUUCUGCUUAUCCAUGCCGGUGGUGAUGCACAUGGCCUGUGUCAUACUGAGGAUGACGCUGAAGGAGGCGCUCAUCGCCGCCACCCUGCACGCCGCCCACGCUCUCCGUAAAGCCCAUUCUCACGGCUCCAUAGAACCCGGCAAGAUGGCUGACCUCGUCAUCGUGGACGCUCCCAGAUGGGAGCACCUGGUGUACCAGCUGGGCGGCACUGAUCACAUUAUCUCCCACGUCAUCAAGGCUGGCACUGUAGUGCACACCAAGAGCACUGACACUCACUCCACCAGACACUGACCCUCACUCCACCAGACACUGACACUCACUCCACCAGACACUGACAUUCACUCCACCAGGCACUGACCCUCACUCCACCAAACACUGACCCUCAUUCCACCAGGCACUGACCCUCACUCCACCAGACACUGACACUCACUCCACCAGGCACUGACACUCACUCCACCAGACACUGACUCUCACUCCACCAGACACUGACCCUCACUCCACCAGACACUGACACUCACUCCACCAGACACUGACCCUCACUCCACCAGACACUGACCCUCACUCCACCAGACACUGACACUCACUCCACCAGACACUGACCCUCACUCCACCAGACACUGACCCUCACUCCACCAGACACUGACCCUCACUCCACCAGACACUGACACUCACUCCACCAGACACUGACCCUCACUCCACCAGACACUGACACUCACUCCACCAGACACUGACCCUCACUCCACCAGACACUGACACUCACUCCACCAGACACUGACCCUCACUCCACCAGACACUGACCCUCCUGACCUGUUGGAGAAUGUUGUACAGGACGAGAGGUGCUGCACAAUAAAGUGUCUUCUUGGAAGAAAUUUUAAAACAAA